UGGAAUCCAGAUUGUCAGUCUCGCAUGCGUGCUUUUCCGGAACCUACUGGCCCAAACCGCAUUUGGACGACGAAGUCGCCGCUUUUCGAGAACAGGACGAUGGGCACCUUGAUCUCCAAAAGGUCGGACAAGGUGGAGCCUGAGCCCUCCGAUUCUCCACCGAAGUCUCCCAAAAAACCAGAGGAGGUCGAAACGAGUGAAACUCCUUUUCCCAGGAAGAGAGCCUGCACUGACGUCGUUUGCAUUUUGCUACUUUUGAUCUUCUGCGUUGUCUUGACUGGAUUGUUGGUGUAUUGCAUCAAAUUUGGUGACAUCAACAGAAUAAUAAACGGCUACGACCGAUGCGGAAAUGUUUGCGGAAGGGUCACAGAGAGGAUUGGAAUCGCUCCCGACGAUCCGAAAUAUUUUUGCCUGGGAGCAAAUAUGACAAACAAGAAAUAUCUUUUGGUGACUGGAGCUGGUUUGAGAGAGACGAACGAGAUGAAUGUCAACAGGGAGUGUGUCGCUUCCUGCCAAUACUACCCUGGAUAUCGUCAAUUUUUGAACCGGUGCAUCCCGAUAAAAGACGCGCCGAGAGGUUCAAGCCUGCCGUACUACGGCCCGCAGGAGAGCUACCGUUCGUCUGGUGGCGGUGGGCCGUCGGCCCCGGCGCAAUGGUCCUCAGGGCAGGCGCUGACCAGGCAGCAAGAAGCCCUGCGCAGGCUGCAGAAGGAGGCGAGCAAGAGGAACAGUCUCAUUCCAGCGCAGCUUCAGCUGCUCCAGCCCAUUUUGGUGAAAAACUCGGGCGGCAACAACCAGCAACAACUGUUGCUGCCGCUCAAGAACAGCAGGAUCAAGAGGGAGGCUGCCCCCUUUCGACGCCGCCGGCUGCUGCAGUACCGCAGGCAGCGGCAGCAAAGACCCCUCGAUCCUGCUGAACGCAUCGACGUCUUUUUUUCCAAGACUGGCCUCAGAAAUUUCUUCCAGGAAGUUGCCGAGGACCUUGAGCUUUGCGCGAGAGAAGUGCUGGCACUUUUUUUCGUCGCUUUAGGCUUUUCCUUGAUCCUAAUUCUGUUGCUGAUUGUCGCGGUCCGGGUGGUGGUGAUUAUUUCCUUGGUUUUCGCCAUCGUUGUGUGCACGGUCGCCACUGCAUAUCUUUGGGUGCAAUGGGCCUAUGAAAAAGAUAAGCUGGCCGAAAAAUACAAAUACCACCCAAGUUCGAUGAGCAACGUGGAGACGACAAACGUGGAUUCCUACAUGGGAUAUGCCAUAGCAGCCAGCGUCGUCAGCGGAAUCUUGUUUCUGGUACUUUUGGCAACGAGAAAAAGAAUUGGCUUGGUCAUCCGGCUAUUUGAAGAAGCGGGAAAGGCGAUUGUCAACAUGCCGACUUUGCUUCUGCUGCCCUGGUUUACAUUCAUCAUCGUUGGCGGGUUGAUUGCCGUCUGGUUCUUUCUUGCUUUGUGGAUCGAGAGUUCCGGCCGCUUGGUCAGUGAAAACAACGUUAAUUUUGUUUAUGAGAAAGACGCUCCCGUGAUGAUUGCAAGAUGGUGGAAUUUGCUAGCCUUAUUUUGGCUAGUCCAAUUUGCUGCUGCAUGCCAACAUUUGACAGUUGCAGGGGCUGUCGGAGACUGGUACUUCACGAGGAAAAAAGAGAAAUUGAAGCAUCCAGUGGACAGAAGCAUGGCACGGACGGUGAGCUACCACCUGGGCUCUGCAGCCUUCGGGGCUGCCCUCAUCGCUCUUUUGCACUUCGUGCGAGUAGUAUGGCAAGAGUGUUUCAGGGUAGUCAAGACCAGCAUUCCCGCUGAGCAGGUCGCCGUGCCUGUGCCAGAGGGUGCGCCUGAGCCUCCAGCUGUAGACUCCACCCCUAAUGCUCCUUCUUCUUCCACUAAACUGGUCAACUGCCUCAUGUACCCUUUCACAAAAUUCAUCGCGUUCGUCAACAGGAAUGCGUACAUUGAAAUUGCGUUACGAGGGUGCAAUUUCAUCGAGGGUGGCAGGAGAGCGAUCAUGCUAAUCGCGAAACACGCACUCAGCAUCGCCGCGAUCAACUCUGUGGGCGACUUUGUGCUCUUUAUGGCCAAGAUCGCAGUAAUGCUGAGCACAAUGCUGGUGGGCAUCGCCAUGAUCCAGAAUAAGGAAGGCGUGAUCAACAUGUGGGUGCCAAUCACCCUGGUCGCUCAUUUCGCCUACAUCGUUGCCCAUGUCUUUUUGUCCGUUUACGAGAUGACCAUAGAUACAAUUUUCAUCUGCUUCUGCGAGGAUUGUGAAAUUAAUGACGGCGUAGACAGGCCAUAUUACAUGAGCGAAACACUCAUGGAAUUCAUAGAUGAUUGUGAUCCACCAAUGAGGGAAAAACUAGUCAUCAGAGAAGGAAAAGUUUUUACAGUGGAAUCACCUGAAAAAUAGGAAUGUUUAUCUGCAAAGAGGGUGAAUGAAAAACAGACAAUAAGAUUUUUGCGAGUUAUUUUAUAUAAGAUAACCAAGAGUUUGCCAAUUUUUUGAAAAAGCCAAACAUCUCUAAUGAAAUUAAAAAAAACUCAUAUGUUGUUUGAAAUGAUUUUUCUAUUUUUGAUGAUGAAAUCAUACGCGCCAAUCAUUACAAACUCUACAGUAAAUAUCCGAUGAUUACAGAAUAUGUUGUACUCUUUAAACAUUCUUAUUCUAAGUCUAAAAAGAGUAAGUUCAAUAAAUAAUAACCAAAACUACGUAUAACUCGCGAGACAAACAUGAGAAAGAUUUUUUUGAAGUUGAAAAGUACAAAAAAGCACAUCUUGCUUAAAAAUGUCUAGUUUGUAUAAGCCAUAUAAAUACUGCAAUUUUAUUAUUGUGUAAUAUAUGUACUUAUGGUAACGAUUAAAUAUUUAGAGAGUUAUUAAAUCAGACCCGAUUAAUGGAAAAAAGUUAUUAACUUUUGCAACCUUCAUGUCUGUGAGCCCAAAUUAAUGUAAUUUACCAAGCAGCAAAUAAUGUCUACUUUGUGAACUUUUUGCUCUAAUCAAAUCAUGCAAAUCAUCA